AUGAAACAAUCAUCAUCGUACAGUACUUCACGUAUACAAUCGGACUCCAUCAUUAAUGGAAGACGAGGUCAACGUGUACAAGCAGAAGACCUUGUAGAAAAUUUUCUCUUAAUUUGGCUUGAUAAUAAAAUCGAUGAAUCAAAUGAUGAUUUUCGCAAUUCAAUUACAAAAUUGCGACAAACUGUUAAUACCAUUGAAAUAUUUCGUGAUCCAAAUGAAUGUAUUAAUUAUAUUUCCACAUUCGAAAACGAAAAAACUUUUCUCAUCAUUUCUGGUGCUCUUUGUGACAAUGCUAUGCCACGUAUUUAUCCUAUGUCACAAAUCUACUCAAUUUAUAUCUUCUGCCGGAAACCAUCACAAUACGACCAAUGGGCAAAGAAAGAUGAUUGGCCAAAAGUAAAAGGUAUUUUUACAGUAAUCGAUUCGAUUUGUGAUUCUGUUCGACAAUCUGCUCGAGAAUGUGACGAAGAUUCUAUCGUAAUUAGUGGUCAAAUCGAACCAUCAUUCAUGUAUACAGUACUUUUCAAAGAAAUUAUUCUUGAAAUUAAGUUCGACGAGACGAAAGAAACCAAAGAUCUUGCUGAAUAUGCCCGUGAGAACAUGGCCGAGUAUUCAAAAGCACUUUCAUCCUAUGAACAAUCACUAGAAAUCCGGAAAAUAGCUCUUCCUUCGAAUCAUCCUGACCUCGCACAAUCCUACAACAACAUCGGCUCGGUGUAUCGAAACAUGGGCGAAUAUUCAAAAGCACUUUCAUCCUACCAAGAAUCACUUGAAAUCCAGAAAAUAGCUCUCCCUCCGAAUCAUCCCUCGUUGGCUGUUACCUACAACAACAUUGGUUUGGUGUAUAAUUACAUGGAUGAGUAUUCAAAAGCACUUUCGUAUUACGAAAAAGAUCUGGAGAUCAGCAAGAAAACUCUCCCUCCAAAUCAUCACGAAUUGGCCACUUCCUACAACAACAUCGGUGGGAUUUAUGAUAAAAUGGGCGAGUAUUCAAAAGCACUUUCAUCCUACGAACAAUCACUUGCAAUAUAUAAGAUAGCUCUCCCUACGAAUCAUCCCGACUUGGCUAUUUCCUACAACAAUAUCGGUAUGGUGUAUGAUAACAUGGGCGAAUAUUCUAAAGCACUUUCAUCCUACGAACAAUCACUAGAAAUACGAAAAAUAGCUCUGCCUCCGAAUCAUCCUUCAUUGGCUACUUCCUACAAUAACAUCGGUCUGGUAUAUCAUCACAUGGGUGAAUAUUCAAAAGCACUUUCAUCCUACCAACAAUCACUUGAAAUCAAGAAGAUAGCUCACUCACAUACCCCGAAUCAUCCCUCGUUGGCUACUUCAUACAACAACAUCGGUAGAGUGUAUGAUAGCAUGGACGAUUAUUCAAAAGCACUUUCAUAUUACGAAAAAGCUCUACAAAUACAUGAAAAAUCGCCUUCUCCAAAUCACUCAGAUAUAGAAAGUCUGAAAAACAACAUUGAAUUGGCGAAACAGAAAUUGUAA